GCCCGCGGUGGGAAGCUAUAAAAAGCGGCGGGCCGGGCGGGAGCGCAGAGGGGCCGCGGGCGCGGGUCGGGCACCGCGUGGGCGCAGGGCGCAGCUCCCGGCUCGGGGCCGCUCGCACCCGGGUCACGCCUCCUCGGCCGCAGGGCCGGGCCCCCCCCUGACCGCGUCCAGCCGCGGCCGCACUUCUCGCCCCGCGGAGGAGCGGAGGCGCCGGGUGGGUUCCCACGGCGCCGGGUCCCCAGAGCGCACGACGAGCGGGGCAGCCGAGCCCGGCCGGCCCCGCGCCCCGAGCCCGGGGGCCCCGCGCACCCGCACCGCGACCCCCCUACGCCCGACGCCUCGCCGGGACACCCCGCGGGGCCAGGAUGCGCGGCCGGGACGCGUGCCGCUGCCUCCUGCUCCUGGCCGCCGCGCUGCUGGCCGAGGGCGCGCAGCUCAACUCCAUCAAGUCCUCCCUGGGCGGGGACACGCCGGCCCAGGCCGCCAACCGCUCCGCUGGCAUCUACCAAGGACUGGCUUUCGGCGGCAGCAAGAAGGGCAAACACCUGGGCCAGGCCUACCCGUGCAGCAGCGACAAAGAAUGUGAAGUCGGGAGGUACUGCCACAGCCUCCACCAGGGCCCGUCGGCCUGCACGGUGUGUCGGAGGAGGAAGAAGCGCUGCCACAGGGACGGCAUGUGCUGUCCAGGCACCCGCUGCAACAAUGGCAUCUGCAUCCCGGUCACGGAGAGCAUCCUAACUGCUCACAUCCCAGCUCUGGACGGCAGUCGGCACAGGGAACGGAACCACGGUCAUUACUCGAACCACGACCUGGGGUGGCAGAACCUCGGAAGAACACUCACUAAGAUAUCACAUAUCAAAGGACACGAAGGCGACCCCUGCCUCCGCUCCUCAGACUGCAUUGAGGGAUUCUGCUGCGCUCGUCAUUUCUGGACCAAAAUCUGCAAACCCGUGCUCCAUCAAGGCGAGGUCUGCACCAAACAGCGCAAGAAGGGCUCCCACGGGCUGGAAAUCUUCCAGCGGUGUGACUGUGCGAAAGGCCUGUCCUGUAAGGUGUGGAAAGAUGCCACCUACUCCUCCAAAGCCAGGCUCCACGUGUGCCAGAAGAUCUGAGCACCUCCGAGGAAAGCAUCAGACGCAGACUGUGACCCCAGACAUCUAAUGCAUUAGAGCACGGUGGGAGAUAAGAUUGGCAUCGCGGCAGAAUGGCUGAAAUGAGGACCGAGCUGAGAAUAGAGACGACAGGGCGGAAAGAGAACCAAGUGGAUUAGGAAGGUGUCGAACAGGGGCAGCCAGCAGGUUUGCAGUGCCUGUUCAUGUAAAUAAUGCACACAGUUGGGAAGAUGUGAUUGUGGGAGGGAAAAGCACAUAGUGGGAAUGACUGGGCAGAUACCACAGGACUGGCCAAGGUUUAGCUGGGGCUGGAGGACAGAGUUCCUUCAGAUUAGUGAUUGUUAUUUAAAAAAAAAAACAAACCCCAAAAAGCCAUAUUUCUGUUUUAAAAUUUAGCUUAAAUAAAACGCUGAUUGCACACAGUUGACUCUAAAACACAAAACAUGUUGUCACCUAGGGAGUGGAAUUGAGUAUAAUCUGAGUAUAAUUUCUACUUCUCAUUGAAAGGGGGAAAGCAGUCAGUAUUUUCUAAAUACUUUAAAAGUAUCUGCAGGGUUUUAUCAAGACAUUUAAUAAACUUGUCUUUUCUCAAACUUUACUUACAUGUUUUAAUUUUUAUAUUUAAUUUAUAAUAUCCAACAAUUAAUAAGUAUCAAUAUUGUAAGAUUAAAACUUGGCCCAUUUAGACUCUUAAAUGACAUUGCCCUGCUCAUUUGUGAUUCCUGCCUUGAAUAGACGCAUUUUCUAAUCUGUGCCCAAUGAUCAGGAAUAGCAUGGAGAUUUUCCACAGACUGGAAGUUUUACAAAAGCCAAAAUAUGUGGGAAAUACGACCAGCAUGCUAGGGAGAUAAGUUACCUUAGAAGAUCUGGCAUUUCCUCUGUUUGGCCAGAGAAGAAUGGCAAAUACACCUAUUCUUUAUAUAAUUCGCAAAAUAGAAGGUGAAAGCUCAUGGCAGGCACUUGAGUUACAGCUGACCUACACAAAGCUUGGUAAUGAGCCAACUUUGUCAAGUAUGCAGAUUAGGUUAAUAUGCAAACUGUACGUCCGAAGCACAAACAAACAUUCCUAUACAAAGCACCAGACAGAACAACCUAAUUGGAAGUUUUCCAUGGAUUUGCUCUCUUAACUAUGUACUAUAAAUAUGAGGCCAGUGUGGUCAAAUAUUUUGGUCAAGUCCAACAAUGUCAAAGUAUGUUUAUAUUUAUGGUCUUAAGAUCCUGAAAUAAUUCUACUAUGAAGUGGUCUUACAAAACAGACCUCUUGGGCUUCAAAAGAGAAUAACUUGGCCCACUGUUUUCAAACAGCCUGUAACUGCUGAUAACCCCAUUUUUUCUGCACCAAACUCUGUGAAUUCUCUGAAUUGGCUGUUCUUGUUUUGGGAUUAUUUUUGGCCAAUAACGAUAGCUUAGUUUUUGCAACUGUCAAUAUUAAAAUUAUGAAUGGAAUAGUGUUUAAUAUCUACACAUCAGAAAUAUACAGAAACAACUUGUUCUUGAUUGUUUGAAACCUUUCAGGCACUUCUAAAUAUUAUGGAUAGAGCAGAAAACAAAACAUUAUCUUAUAAUUGUUAUAAUUUUGACCCUUAUAGGCUGCAAAUUACUCCUAAUUUUCUCUCACUCAAAUUCAUCUGCAGGUUUUCCCAGUCGAAAUUAAGCAGAGCCUUUUCAUUGAGUCUGUCAGCUUCCCACUGACAGUCAUUUUCCCCAUGUCUGCUGAGACAAAAAUUAUAAGCUAAUCCAUCGAAGAAGUAAAGUUUGUACCAAUAGAUUAUUGUAAGGUGACAACAUGGACGUGGAACUUUUCAGUCAACCCUUUCCUAUUGAACAAUUAUAUACACGAUCUGGUUUCUGCAUUAUUUCCCUUGUGUACAUCCCUUCAAAAAUUAUUUGAAGUAAUUUAUUUACAGGAAAUGUUAAUGAGAUGUAUUUUCUUAUAGAGAUAUUUCUUACAGAAAGCUUUGUAGCAGAAUAUAUUUGCAGCUAUUGACUGUAAUUUAGAGGAAAUGUAUGAUAAGAUAAAGUAUAUUAAA